AUGUCUUGCGCUGUCGAGAGAUUGGAGGCGGCGGAACCGGAUGGGCCGAUGGGGAAUGUGAUUGAUGAGCCGAUCGUGCCGACGGAGGCCGACAAUGAGCUUGUUUGGGCAUUCUAUCUGGGGGCACACACUGCCGAAUCGGCGGAGCUGCUCGUCGAGCCGGGCGAAUUCCGUCUGUACCACCAGCGACCGAUGAACCGAACGAUUCUGACGGAGAUGCCCCUGACCCUCGUCUACCGCUCUGCCCUCCUUCAGUCUUUCCACUUCCCCGUGGUGCGUCGCGGCUCGAUGUGGCGUAUCCUCUACGGAGAGUCCGUGACCUGUGAAUAUGCCUCCUUGGCCAAGUUGGUGGAGGAGAAGAGCGUCUACGCCUACAUUGACAUUGCCGAGCCUCACCGCCCGGUGGAGUCGUUCCGUGUCCACCGCCGCCCAAAAUCCUAUCAAAACGUGAAAGCGGCUGGCACGACCUCUUCGGCCACCACAUCGACCACCAUGACGAACAGGGAGGGACACCAG